GUCAUGGGGAGCAGAAGUAGAGGGGAUGCAAAAGACAAGUAUCAAGUAUCUGUUUGUCAGGAGCCACAUCUGUAAGAGAAGGAAAGGGCUGGCCGAUGCACAGACCUGCAAUAAAAGGGCCGCAGCCCGCCCUGAGAAGUUGGAAGAAGACGCAGGGGUCCUGGGACCGGCCAGCACAGCCCUCCAGCAACAUGGGCCUCUCCACAUCGGCGCCCUCUGUGGCCAUCCUGCUGCUCCUGUUCUUGUCCUGGAUGCCUCUGGCAGGCCGGUCUCACCCCCUGGUGGCCUCUGGCCAGGACUCAGAGCUGUGGGAAAUCCAGGAGCUGCUGGAUCGUUUGAGGACCCAGGUCUCAUCCAGGACGGACGCCAAGCUGAUGGCCGUGGAACCUCUCCAACAAUCCCAAGGCCCCUCGGGAUCCGGGGAGGCCGCCCUGGAGGGUCACCUUGGGCACAGAGGACGCCCCUACCAGGCCUUGCGGGGGCUGAAGGUGUCUAAGAAGGUGUUCAGCUCAAGCUGCUUCGGGCAGAGGAUAGACCGGAUCAGCUCUGCCACUGGCCUGGGCUGUAAUGUGCUGAAGCGGAAUUAGGCGAAGUGCUGGUUGCACACGUAGGCUUCCGACUCUGGAGAGGCUCCUGCUCCAUCCCUGCCCGGUUUGAGCCAGGACACGCGCCCACCCUUUGAAUCAACUUCCUAUUUAUUUUUAUUUAUUUAUUUAUGUAUUUAUUUGUCUGUUUUCUACUGGAUGAUUUCUUACCUUGAAGCACAAACUUUUCCACAGUGAAAUAAAGUCAGCAUCACAAAC